AUGCCGAAGAUCAUAGAGACGGUGGGUCUUGCCAACACCAUCAGUGGCUACUAUGCACCCGCAGCAGUUUCACCCACUAGCAAGCUAAUCCAUGUUGCUGGUCAGCCAGGGGGCACAAAGAGCGGUGUUGUACCGGACGACUACGAGUCGCAGAUUCACCUGGCUCUGUUGAAUCUACGAAAGAUAAUUAUCGCUGCUGGAUCUUCCACUGAGCAUAUUCUCAAGCUCAACCUUUUCAUUGUCGGCCACGACCGCUUCCUCAACGGAUACUGGCCAGCGAUUACCCUGGUUCCAGUUACCGAACUUGCUGUCCCAUUAUGGCUAUUCGAGAUCGAUGCCGUUGUCGCCUUAACAGAGCCUUCUCUUCCUCCUUCUCUCCCCUCAGUGAACGAAACCAGAGACGUCAUAGUCAUCGGUGCUGGCCUUGCUGGUCUUUCAGCCGCUCAUGAUGUUCUACGUGUGGUUCUAUCUUGUAUUGUCCUCGAAGCGCGGGAUCGUGUUGGUGGCAAGACAUGGAGCACACCGCUGAGAUUCCCCCCUCCAUUCUACCGUAGCAGUUACCGGACAUAG